CAGUAAUGAAUUUUGUUUCAGGUGUUUCUUGUUUGUUUGAUUUUUGUCCUCUCGACAGAGUGAUUACCACCGAGUAUGUCUGAGUCACUGAACAUGAGCCUCGAGCACCGAGACGAGAACGACGACAACGUUGUUGGAAGCGUACUUCCCAAACUGGAGCCCUGUGACAACCCGGUGGACGUGAAACCCAACAUUGAACAACUGGCCAAGAAGGGUCCCAUAGAUUCCAGGAAGAAAGGAGAUGAGUCCGAUUUUGAUCCUACAAAUCUGACCGAAGAGGAAGAUCCCUCAAUUCCUGAGGACGAAGACGCAAGUUUUGCAUCUUACGUUGGGGGGAAAGGGAACAAGCGAAACAAAUCAAAACAUCUUUAUAGUACGUACCAACGGGUACCGUCGAGACCCUACGCUGCUGCGCAGAGGAAUUACGAAAGCGAAGAUGACAAUUUCUCUGCUUUGCCCAGACAACGACUUUCGAGAUCAUGCAAAAACCCAGCUGUCCGACCGAUUCUAGACAUCGACAUUCCAUCGAGUAGCAGUCCAGAAGAAUUUGACGAGUCGAUCCACGUCAUGUCGAAAGCUUACAAGUUGGAACUGGAAGCGAAAAAGGCGAAAGAAAUAGCAGCUAAAUCGCCAGGAGCGGUAAACGAGAAAAUUGAAACCGAACUUGUGAAAGAGGAACCACAGGAAAACAUGCAAAUGGGAUCUCCUUCUAAGAAAAUGAAAGAAGAACCAGCUGAACAUGAUGAUAAAUAGAAAUGAACUUCUGAAAACUUAAGCUUGUUAGAUUUGAACUGUUUGAUUCCAAUUUCUUGUAAGUUGUUUACUGUGAAAGUUGUUUUACUGUCAUGAAAAGAUAGAUGAUUUUAAAAUUACUACUGAAAAAAGUUGCUUAUCAUUUUUGUAAAAAAAAAAUCUGUUAAAUUUACUAACUUUACAAAGCUUAAUUAAUUUUAAGCCCAAA